AUGGCGUCCCCGGCAGUGUCUGUCGUCUGCGUGGGAAUGGCAGGCUCUGGCAAGACAACUUUCAUGCAAAGGAUCAAUUCCCACCUACAUUCCAAAAAGACGGUGCCAUAUGUUCUCAACCUCGACCCCGCUGUGCAUUCGGUGCCCUUCGACAGCAACAUCGACAUCCGAGACUCGAUCAACUACAAAGAAGUGAUGAAGCAGUACAACCUUGGCCCGAAUGGAGGAAUACUGACUUCCUUGAACCUCUUCGCCACCAAGGUCGACCAGAUCAUUGCGCUGCUGGAAAAGCGCACCGCGCCCAACCCCGAAAAUCCUUCCGCAAAGCCGAUCGAGCAUAUCCUGGUCGAUACACCGGGGCAGAUUGAAGUGUUCGUAUGGAGUGCAUCGGGAAGCAUUCUUCUUGAGACCCUCGCGUCGUCCUUCCCUACCGUCAUUGCAUACAUCAUCGACACCCCGCGGGCCAGUUCCACCAGUACAUUCAUGAGCAACAUGCUGUACGCAUGCAGUAUUCUUUACAAGACCAAGCUUCCGAUGAUUCUUGUAUUCAACAAGACUGAUGUCCAAGAUGCUGAGUUCGUCAAGGAGUGGAUGACCGACUUCGACAAAUUUCAAGAAGCUCUGCGAAAGGAGGAGGAAUCCGGUGUCUUCGGUUCCGAGGGUGGGGUCGGCGGAUUUGGUGCUGGAAGCGGAUACAUGGGUUCGCUGCUGAACAGUAUGAGCCUGAUGCUGGAGGAGUUCUACCGUCACUUGAGUGUUGUUGGCGUGAGCUCUAUGACAGGUGAUGGCGUGGACGAAUUCUUCGAAGCCGUCGAGACAAAGCGCCAAGAGUUCGAGCGUGACUACAAGCCUGAACUUGAGCGCAAGAAGAAAGAACGUGAAGAGACCAAGGCUAACCAACGGGAUAUCGAACUGGGUAAGCUGAUGAAGGAUAUGAGUGUCUCGAGCUCAGGCCGCAGAGAGCGUAAGGGCCCUGAAACUGGGCCGGAAACUGUCAGCGAGGCUGAAGACGAAGAAGAAGAUGAUAUCAUCAAGCGUGGUCUCGCUUACGGGGAAGACAACAGUGAUUUGGAUGACGACUAUGCUGAAGCUGCCGCUGACGAUGACAACGGUCUCUCGCAGCGGUACAAGGAGGCUCUCGCGGGCAGUCAGAAUGCUCCCUCGGAUCAAGACAAUAGCUUUACGAGAUACCUGCGGGCAAGCGGCAUGAACCUUAAUUGCAAUUCGGCUUCGGAGUUGGGGGAAGUUGUUUUCCACGCAUACACAUUCUCGACGGCCGCAUGGCUUUCACUACAGAGUGUGUCUCUGAUUACAGGUCCAAGCAUGGUCGUUGCCAUGCUUCUGGAUGAAACGAGACCUGCGUCGUCUAUGGAGGUUUACUUUGCUCGGUGUCUCGGGUUUAACCUCCUCACUAUCGCAGUUUUGACUGUGAUGCUGACAGGCUCGAUUCCGCUGACGGCCACGGUUGCGGAACCUGUGUCGACGGAAGAUUCGGACCCCAAGGCUCCGUAUGCCUUACCUACUUUGAUGGUGACAUCUGCUUUCCAUGCUGCUUCAGCAUUUUAUGCAUACACUUUUUAUGCUACAGGAGGCCAGGGAGCUUUCGCUUUGUCAGUUCUUGGGAAUUCAGUCCUGGCUGCCAUCGGCCUCUGGUGCGUCCUCUUUGCCAGCAGCAAUGGCAAGAUCAGUCGCAGGACUGGCGCUGAUAAGAGAACUACCGGCUUCCCGUUUGCCAAUUCCGAGGCAGCCAAGAAACAUGCCGGCAAAAAGGCUUUUUAG